GAGUCUACAAGAAGCAAACAAGAGUGUUGAAGCGGAACGCAUAAACCAACAGUCCAUUUUGUGGGGAAUACAUGAUAUGAAGUGUUUUCUAAUACUUUAAAAGCCUCCUUCAACAGCCGGAACGGUUCAAUCUUCUUAUUCUAACAGCCAUCGUAAAGAAGUGAACUGUCCUUCAGAAUCUCCGAAAUGGCAGAAAAUCCCGAACCAAAUGAGACCAAGUUGGACAGUUCAGCCUCCACUGGGAUGACGGACCAAGAGAGGGAACUAGCAGCCAGCGCAUAUGAAGCUUUUUCUGCUGGGAAGUAUGACGAGUCUCUCAAACAUCUUGACGUGCUGCAUGAGCUCCACAAAGAGGACUACAAGGUCGCCAUGAACAAAGCUGUUAUUGACUUUUACAAAAGUGGUCAGAGCACCACAGGGACGCUGAAGCAGACACUAAUGGCAGUGAAGAACCAGCUUCACGCGUCAGAGGACGCUGAUGGUUUGGAUGAUGUGGAGAACAGUCUGCUCUACUACAAUCAGGCCAUCAUUCACUAUCACUUGCGACAGUACUCUGAGGCCAUCUCCAUAGGAGAGAAGCUCUACCAGUUUCUGGAACCGUUUGAGAAGUUUGCUCAGGCUGUGUGCUUCCUGUUGGUGGAUCUCUACCUGCUCACCUUCCAGCCGGAGAAGGCCCUCCAUCUGCUGGCAGUGCUUGACAAACUCUCCGUGCAGGGAAGCAACAAGAACGGGAAAGGAGAGGUAGCCUCCCACACUAUGAUGUCAGGGAGAGAAACACUGGUCUUUGAAAAAAAAAUCAAGAGCAAUCCCUCAAACAAAGAUGGAGUGAAUCAGAGGGCAGAGUUUGCAGCCAUGAUAGAAGCAGCCAAAUCCAAAAUGCACCAGUACAAGGUGAGAGCCUACAUUCAGAUGAAGUCCUCCAAGGCCUGCAAGAGAGAGAUCAAGUCAGUGAUGAACACCGCCGGCAAUUCUGCACCCUCACUCUUCCUCAAGAGUAACUUUGAGUACCUGAGAGGAAACUACCGGAAAGCAGUGAAGCUACUGAACAGCUCCAACAUUGCAGAACAUCCCGGGCCCAUCAAAACCGGUGAAUGUGCCAGAUGUAUGUUCUGGAACAAUCUGGGCUGCAUUCACUUUGCAAUGGGGAAACAUAACCUCGGCAUUUUCUACUUCAAGAAGGCGCUACAGGAGAAUGACCACACAUGUGCACAACUAGGAGAUGGCAGCAAUGGCCAGUCUAAGAAAUUCACAGGUAUCCCCAUGUGUGCGUUGCUGGCCAACAAGCGCUACGAGCUGCUGUAUAACUGUGGUAUUCAGCUGCUGCACAUCGGCCGGCCGCUGGCAGCGUUUGAGUGUCUGAUGGAGGCGGUGCAGGUCUACCACUCCAACCCGCGGCUGUGGCUGCGGCUGGCUGAGUGCUGCAUCUCUGCCAACAAAGGGGGCUCAGAACAGGAGAGCAAAGGUUUACCCUGUAAGAAAGGCAUAGUUCAGUCCGUCAUCGGGCAGGGCUACCAUCGGAAGAUCGUCCUUGCAUCGCAGUCUGCACAGAACACCGUGUACAGUGAGGGUCAGUCAGCAGCCAUCCCAGUUGCCAGUAUGGAGUUUGCAGCCAUCUGCCUGAGGAAUGCUCUACUACUGCUGCCUGAACACCAGCAGCAGGAAACCAAGGCGGAGAACGGAUCCAAGAGCUCCAGCCAGUCAGGAAGCACGGAGAGCGGCAGCGAGAACAGUGACACCUGCAGUGGGAAAGGUCAGGAAACGGAUAAGUUUCUGUCUGCGGCUCCAUCGUCUCCUCUCAGGAAGCAGGAGGUGGAAAACCUCAGGUGCUCCAUCCUGGCCUGCAGCUCGUAUGUGGCCUUAGCGUUGGGAGACAAUCUGAUGGCUCUGAACCAUGCUGAGAAACUGCUUCAUCAGACCAAGGUGUCUGGAUCCCUCAAGUUUCUGGGCCAUCUCUAUGCUGCUGAAGCCCUCAUCUCACUGGACAGGAUCUCCGAUGCCAUCACUCACCUAAACCCAGAGAACGUCAGCGACGUGUCAUUGGGAGUUCUGACCAGUGAACAAGACCAGGGACCUGACAAAGGAGACGAGCCCGCUGAACCCUCAGGGAAGAAGACCCCCUUGUGCUAUCCCAGCAGUGUGACGUCAGCCCGGGCCAUGAUGCUCUUCAACCUGGGCAGCGCCUACUGCUUAAGGAGCGAGUAUGACAAGGCCCGCAAGUGUCUGCAUCAGGCUGCAUCUAUGGUGAACACCAAGGAGAUUCCACCUGAGGCCAUCCUGCUGGGAGUGUACCUGGAGCUGCAAAACGGAAACACGCAGCUGGCUCUGCAGAUCAUCAAACGGAACCAGCUGCUGCCCACAUCGCUCCACAGGGUCUCCCCGGACUCCCGCAAGAAACCCCCUCAGUCCUUCCAGUCUGUCCAGCCCAUCCAGCUGCCCCCGCCCUUCACACAGGUUCAGCGUAAAUGAACCGCUGUCUGAGAGCAGCCGGCCUUUUGUCUUUCAUCAAUGUGUGUUUUCUGAACAAUGAAAAUAAAUGUGCUGUCUGAAUCCUGGGCUGUUGACUGGCUGUAGUGGGAGGCUGCA